CCCAAAUUUAAGGCCCUUAUUUGAAAUCCUCGGCCCAUCGUGACCUCUCGGGCCAUCUGGACGCGAGCCCUCUCUUCGUCUUCUCAGCGUGAAACUCCAUCGCUCUCUAUUCCGUCGGCCUCUCUCUCCAGCUCUCUCUUCCGCUCUCUCGCUCACUUCGGCUAUCUCUCUUUUUCCUGCUCACCGCCUCUCCCUCCUCUUCGCGCUCUCCCUCCUACUUGCUCUCACUUACAUCUACAACGUGGUAGCUCUCUUGGAUCGAGGAGGUGGUCGCUCUCUGUCAGCUCAGUACCAUUCAGGUCGGUGAGGUAUGGCGGCAGUGUCUAUGCGUAGCAGGAGCAGAAGUAUGGAGCUUUCGCCAGAGGAAGAAAGGAUUUUGAUAAGAGACAUUGCUUUGGCUGCUGAAGCUAAUUCCAAAGAGGGUGACAUCUUCUACUUGCUUACUCAGAGAUGGUGGCAACAUUGGAUUGAUUAUGUGAACCAGGACCAACCCAAUAACCCAAAUGAUGUAUCCUUUGUGUCAGAGCAUUAUGAUUCGGCUGGUUCCAGUACCUUGAAGAGGCCUGCUGGUAUUGAUAAUUCUGACUUAAUAUAUGAUGCAGCAUCAGCGGAUACCAAUUCGGGCAUUGACAUACAUGAUACUUUACUAGAAGGCCGUGAUUAUGUGUUGCUGCCACAAGAAGUUUGGAACCAAUUGCAUACAUGGUAUGGUGGUGGUCCAACAUUGCCAAGGAAAGUGAUUAGUUCAGGUCUUUCUCAGACGGAGAUGGCAGUAGAAGUGUACCCUCUGCGUCUUCAAUUACUUGUGAUGCCAAAAGGUGACCGCUCUAUUAUAAGAAUAAGCAAGAAGGAAACCAUUGCAGAACUUCACAGAAGUGCUUGUGAUAUCUUUGAUCUUAGCAUGGAACAAGUAUGCAUUUGGGAUUACUAUGGCCGCCGGAAACAUGCACUGAUGAACGACAUGGAUAAAACACUUGAUGAUGCCAAUAUACAGAUGGAUCAGGAUAUUCUGGUGGAGGUGCUUAACCCUGUCAAUGGUACCACAUUGGGCAGAUCCACAAGUUCUGUUCGCUACAAUGGAUCUUUAGAGAAGGAAGGUGCCUCUGUUCUUGUAGAGCCUUCUAAGUCAAGCUUGUCGAUUGCAGGAGGUUUAUCUGCAACCAAGGGCGCAUCAAGAAGCUACAGCGUGGAGCUCAUACAAAGUCAAGGCCUAAUUGCUAGAGAAUUGGAUACUCCAUAUGGGACAAUUGGUGUUAGUACUAGGGGGUCGUCUUGUGGCUUGACAGGGUUGCAGAACCUUGGGAAUACUUGUUUUAUGAAUAGUGCUAUACAGUGCCUUGUUCAUACUCCGGAGUUUGCUAGAUAUUUUCGGGAAGACUAUCAUCAGGAGAUAAACUGGCAAAAUCCUCUGGGCAUGGUUGGUGAGCUAGCUCUAGCAUUUGGUGAGUUACUUCGGAAGCUAUGGGCACCUGGACGAACACCGGUUGCUCCUCGACCUUUUAAAACAAAACUUGCUCGUUUUGCACCUCAGUUUAGUGGUUACAAUCAGCACGAUUCUCAGGAGCUUUUGGCAUUUUUGCUAGAUGGUCUUCAUGAAGAUCUGAAUCGUGUGAAACACAAACCAUAUAUAAAGUCUAGAGAUGCUGAUGGCCGGCCUGAUGAAGACGUAGCUGAUGAGUAUUGGGCAAACCACAUUGCUCGCAAUGAUUCUAUAAUUGUUGAUGUCUGCCAAGGCCAGUAUAAGUCAACUUUGGUUUGUCCCAUUUGCAAUAAAGUCUCUGUUACUUUUGAUCCUUUUAUGUACCUUUCGUUGCCACUCCAGUCCACCACCACUAGAACAAUGACAGUAACAGUUUUUACUUCCGAUGGAAGUGCAUUGCCAUCUGCUUGUACUGUCACAGUCCCUAAACAGGGACGUUGCAGGGACUUGAUCCAGAUGCUUAGUAAUGCUAGUUCUGUAAAGCACAGUGAGAAGCUUUUGCUUGUGGAGAUACAACACCAUAUGAUUCAGAGAUUUUUAGAAGACCCAUUAAUAUCAUUAUCUACCAUCAAAGAUGACGACCAUCUUGCUGCUUUUAAGGUUCCAAAGUUGGCAAACACAAAAUAUCUUCAAUUGAUACACCGCCGUCGAGAGCAAGGAAAUAGUGAUUCGCAGAUCACAUCAGGAUGGAAACCCUAUGGAACACCUCUUGUCUUGCCAAUCUCAUGUGACGAUGAAAUUAUUGGAGGCAACAUACUGAUGAUGGUUCAUAAAAUGCUCUCUCCAAUGCUUAGAACUAAAAGUUUGGAGCAUACUAAGAUAUCUGGUCUAAGCUCUGCAACAGAAGGAUCAGACCCCUCUCUUGAUUUGUGUUCCGGCGGAGCAUGUACUGAUUCUGUUGUAUCAAAUUCAGCAAAUAAGGAUAUCACUAGUUCUAAACCAGUGUCUUCUCUAGAAUUGCCUCUUCAGUUGGUCGGUGAAAAUAAUACAUGCACUGAUCUAUGGGUGGGGGUAGAGAAAGCCAUCAGGCUGGCCUCAUCAUCAACAUCAAUACUAAUAUAUGUUGAUUGGUCACAGAAGUUUUUAGAAAAGUAUGACACCCAUUAUCUGGAAAACUUGCCAGAAGUUUUUAAGUAUGGACCUGUAACAAAGAAAGCCCGCACUGAACCUCUCUCGUUGUACACCUGCCUUGAAGCUUUUCUAAGGGAAGAACCACUAGUACCUGAAGAUAUGUGGUACUGUCCCCAGUGCAAGGAGCGAAGGCAAGCAAGUAAAAAGCUUGAUCUAUGGAGGCUUCCAGAAGUGUUAGUCAUCCAUCUAAAGAGGUUCUCGUACAGUAGGUCGAUGAAGCAUAAACUGGAAACCUUUGUUGACUUUCCGAUUCAUGACUUUGAUCUAACAAAUUAUGUAGCUAGCAAGAAAAAUGCUCGACGUCAACUUUACGAACUCUAUGCCUUGACCAACCACAUUGGCGGAAUGGGUAGCGGGCACUACACUGCACAUAUCAAGCUUCUAGAUGAGAACAGGUGGUAUAGUUUUGAUGAUAGUUGUGUAUCGCCCAUAAAUGAAGAAGAGGUGAAGUCAGGAGCUGCAUAUGUACUCUUUUAUCGGCGUGUUAUGACUGAAGAUGCCGAUGCUAGCUGCUAAAAAUGUGGUCCAAUCCUGUGCAGGUGAGGUGACGACAAUGUUUAAUCACAAAACUAGCCUCUCUAGGGCAUGUAUAUUUCUUGCAAACCCUCGGUUUGUAAUAGAAACAAGCUAAAGCCAAGCUCGGUUUGUUUAAGAGACAAGUCAAGCUGGGGCUUAGGCAUGUUCGUCUCUUAAAGCUAGUGUUCUUAGCAGUGUCAUGUCUCUAUUUUUUUAAAAUUUUAUGUUGAAAAUGUAUUUGUUUACUAUAAAAUAUCCAUGUCCUUGUUGCUAUUUGUUAAUUACUAUCAUAGUAAAAUAUCCAUGUCCUUGUUGCUAUUCGAAGAAAA